CACAGUAGCGGCACUGGGUGCCUCGCGAUAACCACGCGUCCUGACGCGAUCGAUAACAAAUGCAGUUAUAAUUAAUAUAUAAACUAUUAAAUAACAUCCAUGUUAUAACUAUAAACCAGUCUGUUUGAUACGGUGUUACAAAUUUAAAUUUAGUUUGUGUUCGCUGACACAACAAACAUGGCUACCACAUCAAACACAUGAUCGCCGACAAUUAAGAUUUCUGUGGUCGGUACUCGCCAUUGGCAGUAAGUUAUCAGCAUUACGAAUGAAAGAUUCGUAACACUAUAUAGCGGAGAAUUUCUUCAGUCCCUCACUGUAUAUACAUACGUCUGUGGUGUCAAAUGUGAUGUAAUAUAUAAUUAUUAUGUACAAAUUGUCAAGAGAUCGGAGUGUCUAAUGUUAUCGAGGUGAAUAAAUGUAGAAGGAUGACGUCGUUGAAGCAUGGUGUUAAUCUCAGCCGUCGUGCUUGUAGGCAACGAAUAAGCCUGCUCGCCGCUGCCACGCUUCUAUCAGUAGCAUCAGCAAACCCUAUUGAAAGCACCACGAAACAGAGUCCGUCCAUAAUUGUCGAUGGCAUCUCAACAUACCCCGGGCUCGGCUUUGGACAUGGCCCAGUGGCACCUCUGCCCGGCGAGCCCCCUGGAACACAACUCCGUCAGCAACAGGAAACCACAACACAAGAAGCGACUACAACUCAGAAACCAAAGAAAGAAAGGACCUUCGUGAUUGCUGCGGUCGAAUUCCACAGGGUUGAAACACCGUUCCUGAUUGGAGUGUGGAUCUUCUUUGCGAGCUUAGCUAAAAUAGGAUUCCACAUGGCACCGAAGCUAUCGAAGAUGUUUCCGGAGUCGUGUCUCCUUAUUUUCGUCGGAGUCCUGAUUGGCGCGUUGUUACUAAGUACCCACAGUGUGCACGUGCAACCACUGACACCUGAUACAUUUUUCCUCUACAUGCUGCCACCGAUCAUUCUAGACGCUGGAUAUUUUAUGCCCAACAGAUUAUUCUUUGACCAUCUCGGAACAAUUCUGCUUUUCGCGGUCGUGGGCACUGUAUUUAAUACUAUUACGAUCGGUGCUUCUUUAUGGGCAUGUGGGCAAACUGGAAUGUUCGGAUGUACAACGCCUUUAUUAGAUAUGCUGUUAUUUGGGGCACUUAUCUCAGCCGUGGAUCCAGUAGCAGUGCUCGCGGUUUUUGAGGAAAUCCACGUUGAUGAAGUCCUUUACAUUGUCGUCUUUGGAGAAUCCUUACUAAAUGACGCCGUUACUGUUGUACUUUACCAUAUGUUCGAGGCUUAUACAGAGAUGGGUCCAUCUCGACUUAUGUAUACAGACUUUUUGGCUGGUUUCGCAUCUUUCUUGGUGGUGGCAGUUGGUGGUACCUGUAUUGGGGUCGUUUGGGGUUUUGGUACUGGUCUCGUUACACGCUUCACGAAUGAAGUAAGAGUAAUUGAGCCCAUUUUCAUAUUCGUGAUGGCAUAUUUGGCGUAUUUAAACGCGGAGAUGUUCCAUAUGAGUGGCAUACUGGCGAUAACGUUUUGCGGUAUUACAAUGAAAAACUACGUAGAAGCCAACAUAUCGCACAAAUCGCACACAACAAUUAAAUAUACAAUGAAAAUGCUGUCAUCUUCGUCGGAGACUAUAAUUUUUAUGUUCCUAGGCGUUGCUACUGUCAAUAACAACCAUGACUGGAACACUUGGUUUGUGUUGUUGACUAUCGUUUUCUGCUCAGUAUUUCGUAUUAUAGGAGUGUACAUAUUUAGUGCUGUAGCUAAUAAAUUCCGUUUGCACAAAUUGAAUACGGUGGAAAAGUUCGUUAUGUCUUAUGGAGGUCUUCGAGGCGCGGUCGCCUUUGCAUUGGUGCUAUUAAUAGAUCCCGAAGUAGUAAAGCUCCAGCCAAUGUUUGUAACGACGACAAUAGCUGUUAUAUACUUCACAGUUUUCAUUCAAGGGAUCACGAUUAAGCCCUUAGUGAAGAUAUUAAACGUUAAAACCGUUGAAAAGAGGAAACCAACGAUGAACGAAAGAAUUCAUGAAAGGUUCAUGGAUCACCUGAUGGCAGGCAUAGAGGACAUUUUAGGCAAACAUGGAAAUCACCACAUGAGGGACAAAUUUAAGCGAUUUGACAAUAGAUUUAUACGACCAUUUCUGCUAAGAAAUUAUCAGGGCCAAGAGCCAAAAAUUCUAGAAACGUAUUCGAAAUUAGCGAUGAGAGACGCUAUAGAAUAUAUGCAAAGGAAUGCAUCAACUAUUGGAAAUAUAUCCGGAGCCGAGUCAAUGUCAGCUAUCUUUAAGAAUUACACCAAUGCUAACUUCAAUGGCAGCCCCAGUUUUAGCCAGCUAGAUUCGUCUACUUGGAAUAUAGAUAUGCAAGAAUUGGAAUACAAUCCGUCCAAAAAGGAUCUGACUGACGCCAGAAUUCACCAUCUCCUCGCCGAAGAACUUUGCAAGCCAUAUCGACGUCAUCGUCGAUUAAGCUACAGUCGACACGCUGUAAAUGAUCGUGAUCUGGGUAUGCAGGUUAAUUACAAGACACAUAUGAACAUACGGAGGCUUGUUGGAGACAGGAAGCAUCAUCACAAACGCAGUAAACGAGGGAAGCAAGAUGGGAAAAAUCAUGUAACUUUUCCCGAGUUCCAGCAAAACGGUUCGGCCAAACAGUUCACGCACGGUAAAAAAAAAUAUUAUAGAUUAGACUACAUAGACGAGGUGCUCCAAGAGGAUGAGGAACCUCGUCGCGAAAAUGAUGAUGGCGGUAUAACUUUCACAGCCAAAACCCCGCCCGGAUGUAACGAAGUCAGUCUUACAUCCUCACAUAAGGAGAACAGUAGUUCCCUUCUUAACCAAUUGGCUAACUUGCCUGGCUUCAAUCCUCUGAAAGCGAGAAUUGUUAAGCAGUACGCUAAAACACCAGAGGAGAUAUUGCCAACGGCCGUUGAAAAAUCACUGCCCUGGCGAAGAGACAGGUCCACCUACAACUUCGUUCCAAAUGAGGAUAUCCUUGAAGAGGACGAAAGACGAAUGUCAGAUGAUAAUGAUACAUACAUGACGAUAGCAGAGCAGGGACGGGUCGCCACCCCUACGGCUACGGAGACCAUGUUGCCAUGGAAACGGGAGGAGGCGGAAGGGACGACAGCCCUCAAACAAUCAGAGUUCCCCUCGUGGGCUUCCAACAAGGAGUAUCUAGCGUACAGCUCGCCGUCUGCUACAUUUUUAGGUGGUAUAGAGAAGCCAAAACAUCCAAAAUCUAUCAUAGGUCUCCGAAGAGAGAGUACUUGCUCACAACAAGCUGCAGACUUGCCAGUCGUAUCAGAUUCAGAGAGCAAAGCUGAUUCACUGAAGGGCGAGUGUUCUUCCCAAGGACCCAGUUUGUUGUCUAAGAGGAGUACGAGUCUUGGUGGACCUUCGGUUUUGUUGAUGGAAGAUGUAGCCCACUCUGAUCCCUUGGGCGCUUCUUCCCGACCAGCCAGUAUCAUGCAGGGACCUCAUCGAGGGCAAUGCAGGAGAGGAUCCAUGUUGGAACUUACUGGCUCUCUAUCUCGGGAUGCUAUAACAGAAGAGAAAUCUUGCAAGUCGCUGCCGGAAAGUGAACGGAUGGGUGUCCGCCGCCUCGCACUGGGUCAGCAGAGCCUUCCGAGGGAAUCAUUCAUCAGACAACCGACCAUAGCCACCAACCUCCUCACCAGCUCAUCGUCCGAUGAAUCCUCCGAUGAAUUCACCUGAGUAACCCGUUGUGGCAACCACGACAGGCUGCCACUACUCAAGUAUAGGACUUUAGAAUAGUUAUUAUUCUAGCACUUGAGAUAUUUCCAUAGAUGACUUUUGGACGGACAUCUCUGAAGUGUGAUAACCAGCGAGCGGAUAGCCAGUGCUAUUUUAAUGACUUUUGGGGAUCCCUGUGACGUAAUAAGACAUUAUAUGAAGCUAUUUCUGUAUAAUUCCUUUUUAAAGUUUUGUCUAACCUUAAAAGUGAAUGUAUUUACUACUAAUAAUUUGUUAUAUUUUUAGGGAAUCAUAAAUUCUAUUCAUCAAUAUUUUUCUAAGCUUUUAACUUAACCAAAGUAAUAUUUCCUACAUUUAAUACGAACUAAAUGUUGGGACUAUACUUGUGAACGGAUUAAUUAUUGGACACAUAUUAUGUAAAUGUAUUUCAGAACUUUUAAUUUGAUUGAAAAAUAAAACUUACUCCUCCGAAAAAUACUAUUUUUAAAACAUUUGUUACCGAUUUUAAAACGAAGAUAAUCAUAUAUUGAUUCUCAUUUUUAAAUUCCAAAACUCAUCCAAAUAGCAUCGGGAGUUUUGAAGAAUAUUGCUAUCACAAAUACACACUAGCAAUCAAAAUGGUCGAAUAGAGAACCUCUUUCUAGAAGGCAGAUAAAAAUGAUCGCUUAUAUAUAGACGCAGAAAAGCUAUUUGGUCAAUACUAAAAUCUUUUACUGGCUUAAUAUGGGGCUGUGUCAGAUGUGAAACGGUGUAUUCUGAAACUAUAAUGGUGUUUAUUAACUAUUAACUAUGAACACACUGUGGGGACUAGAUGAGAAUGAAGAAGACCUUCUUCUCAAAGAAAAACUAUAUUACCAUCAUAUGUUUCUAGCAUUGGGACGUUUUAACAACUUUCUGUAGUAAUCGGGAAUGUUUACUGCAUUGGUAUUGGAAAAUAUUUACUAUUAUAAUUAACACAAGUGAGUGUUCACUGCUGUAUUUUAUAUAGUCGAGUGUUUACUCCUGUCAUGAGUAUUAGGGAACGUAUACGUCACAGAUUUGAGAUUGUUUUCUGACGUUGUCAGUGGUGAAUUUUAAUAAGUGAGUUGUAGUUAUAAAUUACCUCAAUUAUGCUCUAAUCGUAUGUUAGCUCAGCAAUUGAUUGUUAUUAGUAAAUUUGUUUGUAAAGUAGUUAAAUUAAGAGCUAAAUAGGUUAAUUCGUACAAUAAUAUGCUUGUUCACAAAGUUUGUUGAAAUGUUUCUUCGAUAAGUUAAUUUUAAUAAUCCCUGUUAGUAUUAGUUUUUAUUCGUUCAUAUGGCCUACAUCCGAUACAGCACAAUAGUUGUAUAAUUUAUUAUAUUAUGAUUCAUUUUCUCCCGAUUUUCGUUCCGAUUCAUUUUUAAAUCAUUACAAAAUCUAAAAGAACUUUAAAAAUUGUAUACUCCCGUUGUGAAUUAUUAUAAUUAAUGAAAUUAAUGUCGUGUUUUUUCUGGUUUGAAUUUAAUUAAAAAAAAUAAGCUUUAUUUUAGAGUCACGUGAGUUGUGAUAAUGUAAAUACAUAUAAUAUAUAAAUUUGUGUAUUCAUCAAUAAGUAUAUUUAUAAAAAUGUUGUUUAGAAUUAUUGUUUAAUGAAAUGAUGAUAGAAAUUUGACAAUAGUAUAGCCUUUAUUGUUUUUUACUUUAAUAAGCAUUUGAUUAAAGGGCUGAAUAACAUAAGCUUGUACGCGUUUACUUCAUGCGGCGUUUAUGGGUCGGAAAUACUAAGUGUUUUAAAUGUAGACUAUCGGCAUUUGCUAAAAUAUUUUCGGAAUAUUACGGCAUAAUGACAGCAACUCAUAAAAAUUUGGAUUUUUAAACAAAACAAUAAAGGUUUCAUACAUUUUUAAAAGUAGUACAGAGUAGUACAAAGAAAAUAUUUGUUUUUUUUUUUUUAGGCUACCGAGUCAUUGUCAAUUGUAGGAAAAAUUAAAACAUCGUUGACAGAUGACAAAGAUCAAGGUGACAUGAUAAACAAUUUAUUCUAGUUUUCGGAAAUACAUUUUCUACAGACGAUUCCACACAUCUGGUAAAAGAAUUAUUCAAUAUACCUAAUUAUAAAAUAUCUUUUCAUUGAAAACAGUCAAAGUACAACAUUACAUUGUAAUUCAUACGAGUGUAAUUACUUUAGUUUUUUUUAUUUAUUUUUAUCAAAUAGAUUAACUAUUCAAACUUCUAUCAACGCCACAGAUAACGUAAAAAGUAUAACAAAUAAUCUGUAUAUUUGCUAAAUAUUGAAUUCAAAAAUAUAUAUUAAUAAAAUUGAAAAAUCAUGAUGUUAUUUUAUAAGAAGAGGUAAAAAUUAAUAUAAAAUCUGAUUUGGAAUUAAAAUGAUCAAAAAUGACAGGAUUAAUUUACUAUGAUAAAUUCAAAAACAUACUCUCGUUUCUUCCAUGGUCGAUAAAAAGUAAAUGUUCAUUAAAAAAAAAUAGAUGAUUACGUUUUAAAAUUUUAAUAAUUAUGUCUGGAUUGAUAUAUUUGUCAGAUUAACAACACGAUAGACGUGGGUAAUAGUUAUAUUAUAAGCUUUCUAAAAACUAUGGAGUGUCAAUUGAAAAAAAAAUAGUGCCUAGCUUUAGUGUACCACAUGUCAUUGUUUUUAAUCUUGUUAUAAUAACUACAAAAAUUCUAGCAAACGAUAGAUUGUAAAACAUUAUUAUUUGAAAUAAAUAAUAAUGAAUUUAAAUUA